AUGAAUGAGGAGCAAAAGCAGGAAUUAAACCCCAUGACCAUAAAGAUCAAGUGCGCAUCCUACCUUCCAUCAGAGCCCGUGUCCUUUUCGGAACUAGAGAGGCUGUGUGCCCCAGUGUACUGCAGGUACCAGUUCCACAAUACUCCAGUUCAUGAAACUGAGGGGCAGCCUCAUGGAAGCCACGUUUACUUCCAAGACAUCAAUGUAAUCUUCCUUGGGACAUUGUGUCCCAUUGAUCUGAAAACAUAUCUGGAAGGACCUCCCAUGGUGGUGGAAGUUCAUGACCGUGACUUGAAGUCAGAGGAGUAUACCUGGAAGCCCACCUUAUUUGGGGAGGACCCCUUGGAUACAUACAUUGGCCUCCCUACCCUCAUCUCUCACACGCAGACAGAGAAGAACCCCUUUGAAUCUCACAAGAAGAUAAGGUUUCCUUAUGGGGUUGCCCAAGUUAGCUUUGCUGACCUUCUCCUUGGCCAAACAUCCCUGAACUUGUACGUGCCCAUCCAUGGCUGUAAAUCCAAGCUUACAGGUCAAAGCCAGACCAGCAAGAGCAGAAAUCUGGGGUCCCAGUUUCCAACAGACAGCCUUCAACAUAAGCCAAUGCCAAUGGGCAACUAUUUGUGGGCAGACUCCCACCUCAAGCUUCGAGUGGAGCUUGCUGUACCACUUCAACUUGGUGCUGAAGUGCCUGAGCCACACCUGAUAGGCACCCAGUUUGGCCUCAUUAUCUUUGUGUUCAACUGCAGGAAGAAGACUUUUCUCCUCCAAAGCCUGCUACAGGACAUCGCCAUGAUCAAUGCCAAGGCCCUUGAUCUGUAUUCUUACCCUCUCAGGGAUAUCCAACAGAUCCUAUCAGUCUUUAAGGUACACGAAAAGGUCCAGGACCAACAGGACAUGGAUAUACUCACUGGCUUUCACCUGCUGGAUGGGAGGAUCCACCUCCUCAUUUUGGAAGGCUUGGUUGACCAAGGCUUGAAGCAGCUGUGGGAACUCCAUCAAAACCGAGCUCUCGAAUCAGAAGACGGGAAGUAUAAGGUACUCUAUGACUCUGAAAUCUGGUUCCAUCACCGCCUCUACGCAGACCUGGAGUCCAUCCUGUACAAUGUGCACCUCUUCAAGCCCCUAUCUCUCCUCAUGAAGAACCCCCAGCUCUAUAUCCGGAACCGAGUGCCACCGGAGACCUUAAAGGCUCUGUUCAGCCUCCACUACAUCUGCCAGGACAGCACUGAGCUCAGUGAAGUGGUCGCGAGACACCUGUUACCUUCCUCUGCCGUGAUGAAAUGCCUGAACCAGGAAUUCGGGAUACCCGUCUCCCAGGAAGACCUUUCAGAUGAAAAUUUACCUACCCUGCCUUCUCAGCCUGCUCCCAAACUUAAACAGUCCCCGAGGCAGAAGCCCUCCCUCCCUUCUGAGAUCCAGACCCACCAGGAGCCAAGGAAAAGGUUCACAUACUCACAGGAUUACCUCUCAGCCAUGGUGGAGCCCUAUGACUGGGAGGCUGAGCAGAAGAAAGCUGAGAAGAAAUCCCGCCAGGCCUGGCUCACUGCCAGUGGAUUCCACGUGCCAGGUCGUGGGGAUAGCCAGUACUUGAGUCUGCCCCCUGUCUGCUUCACCGAAGAGCUCAAAGAGGUCCACAGGCAGAAGCAGGUUACCAGGGAGCCUGCCCAUAAGGACCAGCUCCCGUCUAACACCCUCUCCCUGCUGCCUGACAACAAGCCGGAGCCCGGGCUGGACCACAGGGGCUGGGGCUGGGAGCAGCGCCACGUGGACUUUGAUCUGUUCCAGAAGCCACCACCUUCCCUUAGCCCGCCCCUUUCUGGAGUGCUGAAGGCCGAAAUGGAUGAGCUAAGAGAUGGUCUAAGGGACGGCUUGAAACAGAAGGAAGUACGAAAUCUUGAGCGUUUCCUCUCGCCACGCUUUGCCGCCUCCCUACAGAACAGGCCCGAGACCUUCUGA